CUGGCACCCCUGUUGUUUAAUUAUUUAGACGUCGAGACAGAAGUCCGACGAUAUUGACAUGCUUUUUUAAUGGAUAAGUCCGGAGGGAAUGACACUACGGCGGAUAGUUGUGGCUGGUUCAGGAGGUCGUUCGGCAGGCUCCGUAUCGAUCGAAGAUCCAAUGUUGCUCGAAGGCAUACUGCUCUUAAUGACAAGCCCUUACCUGAGAGUGAAGACUUCAAAGGACCUCUAGGUCUUCAACUGCUUCGCACCGUUUCAGAACCGCUCGUCGACUUUAUCUUUAUCCACGGCCUCGGAGGAGGGUCUAGAAAAACAUGGUCCAAUCACCAGACCCCUACCAUUGUUGGCCCAAAGAAUGAUUAUCUCAAGACCCCGAAUUUGACCAAGUCCGUAUAUAUAGCUUUGGAUAUAAAGCUGAUUGGGCCGAAAAAACGGCCAGUGUUUUGAACAUCCAUGACUUUGCGCUGUCCUUGUUAGGAGAAAUCAAAUGCAAUCCAGAUAUUCGUCGAAGCAAUACAAAAUUGGUACUUGUGGCACAUAGUAUGGGCGGGCUGGUUG